GUCACCACUGCCAGCAAAGGCUCAGUCAGAGAAGAACGGGAGCUUGAAGGCUAGUGGCAGCAGGCCCAGGGGCUGGUUGCUGUCAGGGCAAAGGUUCAUUUUGUUAUCUCUGGCCCAAAAGAUGCACCGAGCAAUGAUGGGCAGUGCCUCCCGAGUGCUCCAAGCUACAGCUCGGACUUCUCUCCAUCUGCCUGUGCUCCCAGCUCCACGUUAUCGUGCAAUGUCUUCACAACAGCUGCUGGUGCCACCCCCGGCAGUGCUGCAGCAGCCCCUGGCCAUUCCAGACAGGCUGCUCCUGGGGCCUGGGCCCUCAAACGUCCCUCCUCGGAUCUUGACUGCAGGAAGUCGGCAGCUAAUUGGACACCUCCACAAGGAAAUGUUCCAGAUCAUGGAUGAAAUCAAGCUGGGAAUCCAGUAUGCCUUUCAGACACAGAACCCACUGACUCUGGCCAUCAGUGGCCCAGGCCACUGUGCCAUGGAGGCUGCGCUUCUGAACACAGUGGAGGCUGGAGAGGUGGUGUUGACAGCAGUGAAUGGAAUCUGGGGCGAGCGCGCAACAGACAUCUCCAAGAGACUGGGAGCUAAUGUCCACCAACUGGUGAAGCCCCCUGGAGAAUACUUUGCACUACAGGAGAUUGAGGAGGCUCUGGCACAGCACAAGCCCUCACUGUUCUUCAUCACACAUGGAGAAUCAUCCAGCGGGGUGCUUCAGCCGCUGGAUGGCUUUGGAGAGCUCUGCCACAGAUAUAAGUGCUUACUACUGGUGGACUCUGUGGCAUCAUUAGGUGGAGCUCCCAUCCUCAUGGACCAACAGGGUAUUGACAUCUUGUACUCAGGAUCUCAAAAAGUCUUGAAUGCUCCCCCUGGCAGUUCCCCCAUCUCCUUCAGUGAGCGAGCCAGGAAGAAGAUUUUCAGCAGGAGGACGAAGCCACCUUCCUUCUUCCUGGACAUGGGCUGGCUGGCCAAUUAUUGGGGCUGUGACGACAAGCCAAGAAUGUACCAUCAUACUGCACCAAUCAAUAGCUUCUUCAGCCUGAGGGAAGGCUUGGCAAUCCUUGCAGAACAGGGGCUGGAGAACUCCUGGAAGCGUCACAAGGAGAACUGUCUCUACCUCUGUGCAGGGCUGCAGGAGCUGGGUCUCCAGCUCUUUGUGAAGGAACAGGAGGUGCGGCUCCCGACAAUCACCACCUUUGUACUGCCUGAGGGAUAUGACUGGAAGGAGGUCACAGAGUUUAUUAUGAAUAAACAUGCAAUUGAGAUCUCAGGAGGCCUGGGACCAUCAGCAGGGAAGGUUCUUCGAAUAGGACUCAUGGGCUAUAACUCCACCAAAUUCAAUGUGGACCGAGUCCUCCAUGCCCUGAAAGAUGCCCUCCAGCACUGCCACAAGAACAAGCUGUGA